AGCAGGCUGCAGCUGAUGACAUCAUCACAAAUCCACUUGGCCGUGUCCUGCUCUGGUUCUUCUUCUCUUCUCCUUCAGAGUCCACCAUCAGGACUGCAGACUCCCCAGGAGCACCUUGGCCACAGUCCAGUUCUACCUGCAGCCGUCGUCAUGCCAACCGUCAAGGGCAAGAAGAAAAGGCCCAAGAAGGAGGCAAAUGAAGGGGAGGAGCCUGGUGAAGCAGUGGACGAGCAGACGCUGACCCCUGACCUUCUGGAGGCGGCGCCGCAGAAGAAGAGGAGGAAGAAGAGGAGCUCUACGAUUGACCAGGAAGACACGCCCAACGGCAACACCACCAUGGACCAGGACCAGGACCAGGACCAGGGUGCCAUGGCCAGGAAGACCAGAAGGAAAAGGAAGGUGAAGUCAUCAGAUCAUUGCACCAACAACCUCCAUGAUGAUGUCAUCAUGGGCACACCCCAACACUCCUCCCCCCAUGGACACGCCCCCCAUGGACACGCCCCCAGAAUCUUUGUGGAGAGGAGCAGGCGCCCCCAGGUGGAGCACACAGACUCAGACUACCUGGAGUCCAGACAGGCGUGGAGCACCAGAGACGUGGCCUUGCAGGUGCACAGCAGCUUCAGGGUGCUGGGCCUCUUCUCCCACGGCUUCCUGGCGGGCUGUGCGGCGUGGAACAUGGCGGUGGUCUACGUGCUGGCGGGCGAGCACAUGUCAUCACUGACCAACCUGCUGCAUCAGUACCACUCGCUGGCCUACGCUGCUCAGUCGCUGCUCUACCUGCUGCUCGCCAUCAGCACCGUGUCUGCCUUCGACAGAGUGAACCUGGCCAAGGCCUCCAUGGCUCUGAGAGGUAUCAUCACCUUGGAUCCUGCAGCUCUGGCAUCGUUUUUGUAUUUCAUGGCACUGAUCCUGGUCCUCAGUCAACAGAUGACCAGCGACCGUAUCAGCCUCUAUCCCUCAGCCAAUCACACACUGUGGCCUCCUGGUUCUGAGGAGCAGAUCUUGCGACCGUGGAUGGUGGUCAACCUGGUGGUGGCGUUGUUGGUGGGCGUGGCUUGGGCCGUCAUCGCCACAAGGCCAGACAUUGACUACACAGAAGAGUUCCUGAUGUCCAUGGAGGUGGAAGGUUAUCCCAGAGGAGAAGACAACAUUCCUGCCUGAAACAUUGUCCACUGCAUAGCAUUUAUUUCUUUUUUCUACACUUUAAGUCCAAAUAAACACAGAAUCUUCUUUUCCUGCUUCUAGUCAUCAAGUGGAAUCACUGCUACAUGAUCAAUAAUCAGUGGGCCCCAUUCAGCAAUAAGUUCCUCACUUUUCCUCUUAUCUUUCUUCCUAAGUGAUUUCCCAAGAGGAGUCCAUUCAAAUUCAUGACAUGUUCUUAAACGGCCAAAUUGUUCCCACCUGCUGUUCUUAAGUUGCUGAAUGCCAAAUGGUUAGCGCGUGCAUGUCUAUCAUAAUUUGCAUAAAAACACGCCCUUAAUUCCCCAUAUAAGGGCACAAUUCCAGGGGAAAAGCUGAACAUCAAACACACGGAGAAAACACAAGCAGAUUACAGAAUUAUCCCACGGGGGAAAUACAUAAUGUCAAAAUAUAAUGCAAAAUAUUUUUUUCUUCCAAUGGGGGGCGUGACAGACAAUAUUUGAGAAGCACUGUAUGAAUGUAAGAUUAGACAAUAGACGUAAGGGAACUUGUCACAAUUAAGAACAAAUAGACGUGCGGUGAGGUUCGUGGCUGGUGAGGCACUGACUUCAUCACAGUCACAUUUACAAACGUAAGAGUAUCUUAUUCACCAUUUGAUUGGCAGCAGUUAACGGGUUAUGUUUAAAAGCUCAUAACAGCAUUCUUCCUUGCUUGGCACUCAGCAUCAAGGCUUGGAAUUGGGGGUUAAAUCACCAAAAAUUAUUCCCAGGCGCGGCACCGCUGCUGCCCACUGCUCCCCUCACCUCCCAGGGGGUGGGUCAAAUGCAGAGGACAAAUUUCACCACACCUAGUGUGUGUGUGACAAUCAUUGGUACUUUAACUUAACUUUAACUUUACACAUACAAACUGUAGUACACAAAAAAGCACAUUUAAUAAAAAAAACGUUAUUAUGGUCUUACCUUUACUUAUAAAUGAAGUCCAUGCGCUGCUCCUUCUGAACAAAAGCAUGGAUAACUUGUUUAUAGAAGUCUUCCUUAUCUUUCUUCAGUUUUAAAAGUCUCUCUGUCUCGAUGGAGAUCUUCCUUGAAUUAUUACCUCCUGCUUCCAUUGAAAGUCCAGUUUAGAAAAGUGUUUUAUUUUAGAUAUGUAAUCCUCCAUGUUAAAAGUCCAGGCGAGAGGAAAAAAUAAACAAUCGCUAACUGUUGCUGCUU